CGGAAGUUGUGGCGGCCGUACAGGUUCUUGGAGCUGAGAUAGGCUGUUGGGAUUUCUGGGGACAAACUGAGGCCGAGUGUGAGCCAAACUAAGACCCUGAGAGAAGGGAAGGCGAGACCGGGGUGGGCCUCGGCGCGGGGACGUAACGCGUGCGUGGAAGCUCGCGGGGUGGGGAAGCCAAGGAGGAGCGGACCUGCAGUAGCGCGCGCUCCGCCGUACGAUGGGCUCCAAGGGCAAGAAACGCGUGGUGCUGCCCACGCGCCCCGCACCUCCCACAGUGGAGCAGAUCCUGGAGGACGUGCGAGGGGCGCCCGCCCACGAUCCUGUCUUCACCGCCCUGGCCCCCGAAGACCUUCCAGAUCCAUCCCUAAGAGCCGAGGACCCCGAAGCCCAGCACGAGCAGAUCUACCAGCAGAGCCGGGCCUACGUGGCCAUGAACGAGAGGCUGCUGCAGGCAAAGGAACCUCUAAGGCAGAAGUUCGAGGACCUCCGGCAGGCUGGCCAGAGGCUAGAGCAGGAUGUCAGCCAGGUGACCUCAGCCACCUCCUAGAGCCAGGGACACCUGAGGCCCUCGGUCUAGGGCCAGGCACCCUGGCUGUCUCCUGGAGGAUCCGGGUCAACAUCUGCUGCCCAGCAUUGGACUGAGGGGUCCCAGUGGCUUUGGGUCUUGGUUCCUUCUUCCAUACUUGGUGGCCUCUAAUUCGUGGUGGGGCUUAGGGAUGUGGCCACCUCCUUAUUCACAGGGGCACUUGGCCUGGAUUGCAUCUAAGACUUGGCUGGAGGUUGGGGCUCAGAGCCAGCCUGCCUCAGGGUGACAGCCCUCCACCUCUGUGCUCUGGUCCUACAGGGUCCCGUGGGCUUCCCUGCUCUUUGGUCCCAUCUCUCUGGGGCUGGAGGACCUCAGCAAGGGGGUUUGGUGCUGGGGGGUCCAGGGGUACAGGAAGAACCCAAAGGCAGGGGGACCCUGCAGGGGUCUCUGCAGUCACCCUGUCAUGCAAGCUCAGCUGGGCACCCACAGGACUCUGGGGUGGUGGACCUGGGGUUCCGUUGGCCUUGCUGAAGACCCCUCCUGAGUGGAUAGUGUUUAUUUCUGGGACAUCAGAUGGAGACUUGACUCCGACUCACUGGGACCCAAGUCCACGCCAGCCCUUCACACCGUUGGACACCCCACACGCCUUCUCAUGCUCCAAGCUGGCUGGCAGUGUGUCAGAAUGGCCUUGGCUUGUGGUCAACUUAGUCCUGCCAUUCCCCAUUCGCAGUAGUCACAGAGACCUGUUUACUCUGCGUUUCCCGGUCCCCAGCUCCACAAGUGGCCAGUGGCCGUUGUCUGCGAGCAGAUGGCCAUGUAUGGCUUGGCUGACCCUGAAUUGACCUCGGCUGUAGCAUGCAGAGGAGACCUGAUGCAGUUGUCCAGGCUGUGGGGAGCUCGGGUCCAUGCACCAAUGCCUUGUGGGGUUGGACUGUAGCUGCAGUAGAAUGUUCUCGAAUGACCUCCCCCCUCCAGAGCCCAUGUUGAAGAUUAAAGCCUUGGGCGCCCCAGAGCAA